GAAUGGGGGUCCCACAAUAUCUCCCCCUCGCGGUGAAGGACGCAGCCCAGCCCAGCGCGAGGAGGAGCCUCGCAUCCACGGGGGAGUAGGAACCUCGCUCUACGUCACCGCGGGAUGGCUCGCCGUGGUUGAUCCGGGGAAAAACCUCGCUGGAGGCAAUAAAGAUACCGUGUCCAAGUGUGCAGCUAUAAUCAGCUCAGCGUGCACAGUAGUCUGUAAGCGUUCGUAUACGAAUAUUCUGCCUCUUUCUCUAUCUUGGUAGCUCGCGGUCGUGGAUUUGCGCGCACAGGGGUUAUUUAACCAACUGGUCAUGUCGAUCAGGUAGCGUCGGUGCCUCGUGCGUUUCAGGUGAUGCUUGAUUACAACUUUAAGAGCUUUUGAGAAAGUGCCUUCGCCGCCGUGAUCUUGCAACAGGUCUGUGAAGAAUAUCUAUUAACCGAGAUCAGGGCGUCAAAGGAGAACCCAGAAAAAGGAGCCGACAUCAGACACACGGACAGGCAGCAGAGAACACGAUCACUUCGCUUGGAUUGCAAGACACACCGACACACACACAGCGUUUGGAAUAUUGCUAAUAAUACAUUGCGGUUCAGUUCUGCUCUUUGGAUCCUGAAAUAUAUUGGACAAGUUCUAUCACACACUGCCAACAUGAUGCCGAGUGCCAUAUGGUCGGUGUUGGAGGAUGCCAUGGUGCGUGCUGCACAGAUGUUUCUGACCGUGUACCUCAGCAACAAUGACAAGCACUUCACGGAGGUGCCUGUUACCCCGGAGACACUGUGUCGGGACGUAGUGGACCUGUGCAAGGAGCCUGGAGAGGUGGACUGCUACUUGGCGGAGACCUGGAGGGGCUCGGCAGAGCGUGUGAUUGGCGACAGCGAGAGGAUGAUUGAGGUGCUGCAGCGCUGGGGGCAGCAGAGGGCUGAGGUUCGAUUCUUCAUCCGCCACGACCAAGAGCCCAGCCAUGAGACAGGGGGACCCAGAGACCUUUUGGUGAACAGGAAUACAGUGAAAGUGAGCGCCGAGAGGCACCUUGAGAAUGGAAUGGUUCUGCCUCGCAUGGACAUCACACUGACGGAACUCCAGGAGAUGGCGUCACGGCAACAGCAGCAGAUAAAUGCCCAGCAGCAGUUGCUGGCUUCUAAGGAGCAGCGGCUGCGGUUCCUGCAGCAGCAGGAUGAGCGGCAGCGUCAACGGCAGGCCUGCGAGCAGGAACGCCUGCGUGCGCUGCGGGACAACGCGGAGGCCCAGGAGGCCAAGCUGAGGCGGGUGCGCGCCCUCAAGGGCCAGGUGGAGCAGAAGCGACUGGGCAACAGCAAGCUGGUGGAAGAGAUAGAGCAGAUGAACGGCCUGUUCCAGCAGAAACAGCGGGAACUGUUGGGGGCCGUGUCACGGGUGGAGGAGCUGAGCAGACAGUUGGAGCUGCUGCGCGGGGCAGCACGUCUAGACAACGACGCCUCACACAGCUCGGCCGGGGAGCUCGAGCACCUCUACAAAGAGCUACAGCUGAGGAACAAGCUGAACGAGGAGCAGAGCGUGCGGCUGCAGCAGCAGAGGGAGAACCUGGGUCAGCGCACACAGGAGGUGGCCAGCAUGGAGCGCCGCGUGGCUGAGCUCCGUGAACGCCUCUGCAGGAAGAAGGCUGCGCUCCAGCAGAAAGAGAACCUGCCCCAGCCAGCAGAGGGUCAAGGUUCACACCCUCCCAUCAUCCCAGCCCGGGUUGCCGCUGUUGGUCCAUACAUCCAGACUGCCCCACCUCUUCCUCCGAGGCAAGAGGUGGUGGUGAAGCCAGCCUACCCGGAUGGGACUGCCACUCUGCCCAAACCACUCGCCAAGCCCUCUGGUCUUGGUCUCCAGGCAGGUAAAAUCUCCAAGACAUCUGAUUGGUGCCCCGGUGUUGAAGUCAGCACUGUGGGUGGGUCCCAGCAUGGCCACUCCUCUACUCUUCCACGUAUGAGCACCCAUGGAUCAACAGAGAAAGACCCGCAGGCAGAUUCGAUGCAGCCACCUCUUCCUUUACGGAAGAACCAGAGCAGCGAUGACCUCUUGAGGGAUGGCCAGUGUGCAGGCAAGGUGCCUCCUCCAGUCCCGAGCAAACCCAAACCAGUCAUGGCAUCUCAGUCUGGCUAUGGUAAACCCUCCUUUUCCACGGGCACCUUCCCGGGCAAGGCCAGACCUGCCCCCCAGCUUCCUCCGCCCCCAGCCCGCAGCCAGAGGCCACCAAUGCCCGCCCCCCACCAUGGCAAUGCCCCCAAGGCUGACACCCUGCCGGCUGCUACCGUGCGCCCUUUCAGUGUGGAGAGCGGCACAGGGAAAGGAGCAGCCACACCCCCCACCCUCCACAAGCCGCAGACGCUUGCAGCCAGCUCCAUCUACUCUAUGUACACACAGCACAGCUCGUUGGCCAAAGGCUACCAGGGCCAAAGCACACUCACCCGUUCUCAGCCCCGCUUGUAUGGAAAGCCAGUCAUCCCAUCUACUGCAGGGCACCACUCCCAUUCGCAGGACGGUAGCCAAACCGAGGCCGACCAGGUGGACCAGGGUGCAGCCGUGGCCCCAACUAGCGGCAGCAGGGGGGAGGGUCCGGAGGCGGAGCGCACACCCCGCCCCCUCAGCCCCACCAAGCUGCUGCCGUUCCUGUCGCACAUGCACCGCCUGCAGAGCGACGCGGAGCUGGAGGCCCUGCGCAAGCGUCUGCACCAUGCACCCCGCCCGCUCAAGAAGCGCAGUUCCAUCACUGAGCCCGAGGGCCCUGCAGGCCCCAACAUCCAGAAACUGCUCUACCAGAAGACCACGCUGGCUGCCAUGGAGACAGGCGAGGAGGCAGAGGGGCGGGCAAGGGGCGGGGCCCCAAAUGACCUACCUAUCGGGAGGGACUGUGGGGGGGAGGAGGAAGAGGAGGAGGAAGAGCACACUCCACCUCCGCUCAGACCACGCAGGCCUGCCCCGGACGACAGCGGGAGGCAGAGGGUGGAGGAGCGUGAGAAGGAGGCAACUGACCCCCCCCCACCCGAAUCAUACGUCGAUGAAUACCCGCCUUACCCCCCACCACCGUACCCCACCACAGCUGACCAGGAUGGGCUUGGUGAGGAGGGCAGCACCAUGAAGGCACCAGAGAUCACCGGCCAGGUCACGCUGCCUCCGGGGAAGAGGACGAACCUGCGGAAGGCGGGCUCAGAGCGGAUCAAGCAUGGCAUGCGUGUGCGCUUCAACCCCCUGGCCCUGCUGCUUGACUCCUCGCUGGAGGGAGAGUACGACCUGGUGCAGAGGAUCAUAUAUGAGGUGGAAGACCCCAGCAUGCCCAACGAUGAGGGCAUCACCGCCCUCCACAACGCAGUGUGUGCUGGACACACUGAGAUUGUCAAGUUCCUGGUGCAGUUUGGCGUAAAUGUCAACGCUGCUGACAGUGAUGGCUGGACCCCCCUGCACUGUGCAGCCUCCUGUAACAGUGUGCAGGUGUGCAAGUUCCUGGUGGAGUGCGGCGCCGCCGUCUUCGCCACCACCCACAGCGACAUGCAGACGGCAGCGGACAAGUGUGAGGAGCUGGAGGAAGGCUACGCUCAGUGCUCGCAGUUCCUCUACGGCGUGCAAGAGAAGAUGGGCGUGAUGAACAGGGGUGUGGUGUACGCGCUGUGGGACUACGAGGCGGAGAGCGCCGACGAGCUGUCGUUCCGCGAGGGCGACUGUAUGACGGUCCUGAGGCGUGAAGAUGGAGAGGAAACUGAGUGGUGGUGGGCGCGCUGCGGCGACAACGAGGGCUACAUCCCCCGCAAUCUGCUCGGGCUGUAUCUGCGGAUCAAGCCCAGACAGAGGAGCUUGGCCUGAAGCUGCCCUCCAGGAUUUUCCCCAAUUUAGUCCCCAAACCAAUGUGCCCUGAACAGUAGUGCUCGCUUCACAGUGGAAGUAACAGCUAAAGGGCAGAAAACAAUCUAACAAAUAUCACUUUGAAGUGUUGAGUCUAUACAUGCUGGUGCGUGUACAAGCUUCUCUUUGCUGUAUGUUUUCUUGCCCACACUGAAUUUUUUUUAGAUAAUACAAGCUGAGGGUGGAUGUUUUCUUUGGAGGUUUGUUCACCUGUUUUGUAGAAGGAGGAUUUUAAGUGUUUGAUAUUGCCCUUCAAGGCCUUUCCUACUUUGACGCAGAAAGACUGGGCUAGUGUGAACAAUGGGAUCUGUGUCUAUUAGGGUGAUUGACAAAAAUGUCAUUUGUAUGAAUGUACAGAACUGAUCACUUUUUGGUUGCUUUGUUCACCAUGAAGCACCUAUCAGGUUUUAUGUUGAUGUGUAACCUCACUGUUCCUUUGGACAAAUGUAGCCUUCUCACAGGUUGUUGAGAGAGACCCACACACUGCGACAGAGAAGGUCUUUAAAGCAAUGAGAUCUGGUUCAGUGUUUUUCUGCCUGCAAAACGCACUGCCAACAGUAGCCAUAGCUGGUCCCAAUGCCCCAGGAGUAUCUACAGCUAGCGCUCUCCAGUUCGUACGUGGGGUUAAACGGGCAUCCAGCAUUUUGUCUUAACAAUAAUAGACAUCUGUUUACCUGUUAUGUCCUCAGAAAGCAAAUUGAAGCAAUUUAUCACAAUGAUUUAUCACUAGGGUGCUUGCCACUACAAUACCACGUUCCAAUACCACCAUCCCUGUUCAUGACAACAUUACAAUUAAAAUUAUACUGAAAUCACACCAUUCUUGCUUCUUAUACACAGUGCUGUUUGGACCAUUUAGACAAUGACAUAUUUUGUUAAUGUUCGGGCUGUCUGUCAGCACACUGGAUUUGAAACAGCACAGUGAGGUUAAAGUGCCAACUGUUAAAAUGGAGAAUAUUUUCAAGCAUUGUGGCUGAACCACAAAGUAUAGUACAUCACAGUCCUCUUCAUCCAUGAAACUCCCCCUUGAGAUGACAAAAAAAAAAAAGGGGCAGCUGGCUUCUUAGUUAUUUCGUAGCCUGCCACAUGUCUCUGUGAUAGUGAACAAAAAACAAAAAGAUGCACUCAAAACAGCAGUGCACGAUAAAACAUCUCUUUAUUACUUAAACUAGUUGCAGCGCGUUGAAGUAUGAUGCAGUACACUGACAUUGCUUCCAAAAAACAAAAACCUCAAAUCUAAGUCUUCAUCCUCUGGUGAAAAGCAAAUGCAUCCAGUGCCUCGUGGGCACUUCCACUCGAGGCCUUUUACAGAGUAAACACCCACAGCAUGCAGUACGAAGGCGUUUUGCUGUGCCAAGAAUUGCAAGACAAAAGGUUACUUACUGGGAUGAGAUGAAGCUUCUAAACACAUUAACCAGUGCAAAAACCAGAAGGCAAGUGUUAGAACCAGAAGUUAAAGGUUAAGUGAUUUAAAAUGCACAUUUACGUGAGUGUACGAUACAUUAAUUCAUUCUUUUCGCUGUUUAAUUGCACGAAUUCUCAAGGAUCGGGGAGAGGGA